AUAUUACACAAGCUGGUCACAAGAUUGAAAAUCUUGACGAAAUUCUCCAAUUUUUAAUUUCUCAGCUGUUUAUUUUUGUAUUUUGCUUGACUGAAUGGAUGUAAUGAAUGACGACAAUGCUUCAAGUAAACAUUCAUCUGACUUGCUUCCUUCCAAUAUUUCACGUGAAGCAAACCGUUUUGGAAAACGACACAUUUUAGUCCUACUUGGGUUACUGGGUUUUAUAAAUGUUUAUGCACUUCGUGUGAAUCUCAGUGUGGCUUUAGUUGCGAUGGUGAAUUCCACUUAUACAAAUCAAAACUCGGAAGUGAGCAGCCAUGAAUGUACUCCUGAUAGUUCGACUUCAGAAAAGGUAUAAUAUUUUUUAUUGUUUGCCCAUAUUAAUUAAUAAAGUUGCGAGUGAACUUGUGAGUUGUGAGAGGCCAAAAGUGUAGAGACAUAUUCUAUGAUGUUGUCGACCACGGUGGGAGUCGAACCCAUGACCUUUAGUUUGCUAGUCCUGCAAUGCUCUACAUACUAACUGAGCUACGAGGUGAAGUCACUGCUUGAUUGGGUGAUUUUUCGGAACUCAGUUUUAAUCUGUCUAGGGGGAGAGCGCUGACACUCAGUGGUAAGGGCGGGUUCUCAUUUAAAGGGAAAAGUUUCUAGUGGGGUGCAAGCGGCACCACUGAGCGAGCUUUGGCAGGGGUUAGGCAUUAGAGUUAAGGCCUUGGUUCCGGUUUCAUAUUGUGAUCAAGGCCGGCGAGAGCCAACCACGGGUCCCGGGACAAAAUCAAAAUGACGAUUGGUAAACACAGGCCUCCUGUCCUUCUCGACUGUCCCGCUGGCUAUUUUUAAUCACAAUCAACGAGAGAAUUGCCAGCGAAUUACUUGCAAGAAAUCGCUGCAUAACUGAUAAAAAUGCAAUGUGAACGAUGUUCAGCUAACUGUUUUUGCUGAGAAAACGAUUGAAAAAAUAAUUUAUUUCGCAUUUUGUACGUUUUACGAUCGAUGACGACGAUUAGCGGAUAGUGUGCAAGUAGGCGUAUUUCAUUUAGGACAAACAUAAAGCGAUGAUAAACAAUACGAGCAUUUUAUUGAGAUUUCCGGGCCUCUCUGAGCAAUCCAGGCCCCGGGUAUUUUGCGCCCCUGCCCCCUCCCUCUCGCCGGCCUUGAUUGUGAUAAAAUUAGGGUAGAGUAGAUAGGUUGGAAAUAAUUAUUUUUUAAAAAUAUUUUUUGUGGUUUUCACGUUUUGUUUUUGCUGGGCGAUUUUCAGUACAGUCCCGACAUCAAUAUUAACUAGAGAUGCCUAUUUCCUAUGGACGAAUUUAGGCAAUUUGGUAUUUUGGUUCAAUAAUUAUUGUGACAACAGACACCAUUUUGUCAUGCUGUAUGAGCAGCCUGCAACCACACAGAGAAAAUAGGGUUGCAUGGUCAAUAGCGUUGAAAAAAAUAAUAUGGUCGGCAAAAAAAGUAGCGUCGGUCGGGAAACCGGAACCACAGGUAUUUUUAUAAGACUUUCACACAAUAUAGGAGGGGUGAAAUGAAAUUUUGGUAGGGUUGAACACUUCAUAAGAGGGGUUAGAGCUUCUAGAGGGGUAACACCCCCCCCCCCUCUAACCCCACAGUAAAUCCGCCCUUGCUCUGGCUGUGGGUUUUAAAACAUGAGGUUUUUCAAAUUUAUUACAAUGAGGUUUUUUACUGCAAAGAUAUUUGACAUGACCCAAAUUUAUUAUAUACCAAAGAUACUGUAAACGUUUCAUGCCUUCCAUGGCUGUUAGCUAGAAAUUGCUAUUUUAGUAUCAGAAGUACAUCAUGCAUGGCCUACAGCUAGGGAAAGUUUUGCUUUUGUUCCUAUAGACCCAUUGCACACAAUGUCACAGUGCCGGUGAUAAUGCAUCUGGAGGACAAAUUAGCAAUCUAUUCUAUAAUAUAACUUUUUGUAAACAAAGCGAAUUUUGUAAAACUUUAUAAUAAUUUUGCAUUAAAAUGGUUAAUUUUUGGGGCUGUAUGUGGUUGUUGUACCCGAACAGAUAUUGUUAAUUUUAAAGAGCAUCUGGAGGACUCUCUAAUGAUUUGUGAGUUGUGACGUCAGUGCAAUGGGUCUAUAUAACGGAAACCUCUCAAUAUAAGCCCCCUCCCCAAUGUAAACCUGCCCGUGUAUAAGCCAAACAUAUUUACUAAAGCUCAGACCAUUCGGAAUGAAUUAACUCCCCCGAAUAUAAGCCCCUCCGUGUAUAAGCCCAUGGGCUUAUUAUUGGACAGGUACUUAUUAACGCAGCGACAGGGAUUCCAGCAGCUCAGACGAGUGACGAUAAUUACAUUACAGUAUUACAAUACUAUUAAUAUGUUAACCAGCUUGUUUUAUCAUAUGUAAUUAUAUACUGUAUGUUUGUAUUUCGUUUCUUUCACGGUAUAUAUAAUUUACAGGUAUAAUAAAUAUUGUAUAGUAACCCCAAAUGUUCUCCGUAUUAUCCCCCCCCCUGGUAUUAGCCCAUCAAAAAUCAGGCCGAUUUUUGCCUUGUCCCUACCUAGAUAAUGGGAAUCGAUAGAAUUAUCUAUAUUUCCGAUUGUGUAAAACCGAUUGUUGAGAAAGUACGCAUCUGACAAAUUAUAUACAUUGCGCGGUGAUACACGUUGCGUUUUAACGCAGUGUGUUACCAUGACGAAAUUUAUGCGCGAAGCGUGGCUUUACAAACGGUUUCAACGAACUUUGGUUGCAGUAACAUGUUACGUUGGAAAUUAUAAUUAAAAAUUGAAAUGACUGACGUCACUUUUACUCCUUCAAUUGACAUUAUGACGUCAUUAUAAAAUCAGUAUCUGGUAGAUUGUUGCUUGGAUAAUCGGUAAUCGAUCAUUUCCGAGUGUGGCACAACUGGUCAAUAGGGAGCUUUAGAUUUGACUACGAGUACGACUACGAGUACGAGAUUCGUCAAGCUAAACGUAUGCUGUAUGCUUACGCCAUCCCGUACUGACGCUAAAAAGUCGUAGCCGUCGCCCAUCUGAGUACGAAAUUGUGGAGAAACCUCGUAGUCCUCACGACGACUUUUCAAAAAACCCCAAAGAAAGUUGACUUUUUUUUGUUUUGCAAAAAUAAUAUGUAGCAUUUAUAUAGCGUUUAUCCGGCGCAAAUAAUAUAUCAGUGCUAAAUAUCUGGCCUGUUUCUAAUGUUAUGACUUAUUUACACGUUUUGUAGGGUAUUUUAGUCGGCAGGAGAUUUACUUUAUGAAACUUUUUCUCUAGUUGUUGGUUUACUGUUAUAAAAGCAACAUUUGAAUGGAAACGAAAACGACUACGGUAAUUUCCUCGCACGCGAUCAAAUCUCGUACUCGUAGUCAAAUCUAAAGCUCCCUAAUCACUAUUCUAAGCCACCACUGGACAUUCAAUAACUUACGAGUAUGGGACUUCUGCCGGUGGCGGAGUCGUCAAAGCAAACGCCUUUCACAACUGAGAUGGUGGCUCGAUUCUCGCUACGGACUCGUGUGACAAGAUCGAGUCAGUCAACGUUCUGCCGAAAGUCGUGGAUUUUCUCCAGGUGCCCCGGUUUCCUCCCACAUGGAAAGUUGACAGGGUGCAUGAGGAUAAAGUUGUAAAGAUAAAAUAGUCUAGACUAAGCAUGUACUGUAAUUAAGUGAGCGUAUUAUACUUGGUAUAAAGCAUAUUUACAGUGCGUCUACAGUAAGUGGGGCCACUUAGAGAACACUAACCAAUCGCAUUGCAGAACAAAAAGAAAAUUCUAAUCAAACUAAAGCUCGUCCAAUCAAAAGAAAGAUUCAGGAAGCCAUUAACUGCAGUGUUUACUUUUACAAAUCUAUUUUUACCGUUUGACAUUCGUUUAUUUGUUCAAAUUGUUUUUGCCCUAAUGCUGAUUGGCUAAUGCGCCGUUUGUUGAUUUUUUCAAUUUUUGUUCUGCAACAUGAUUGGUUAGUGUUCUCUAAGUGGCUCCACUUACUGUAGACGCACUGUAAUCAUAUCCACAUGUAAAUUUGCGCCAUAGAAAUGUUAUUUUAAAAUAACAUGUAUAUAACGCGUGUUCUGAUUGGUCAAAACCCGUGUUUGGAUCAGGCCAUCCAAACACGGAAGACUAUCGUGUUGUUGUUAUUUUAUAAAACAAUUACUUUAUGGUUUCCGUGUUUUGAUGGCCUGAUCCAAACACUUGAGAGUGUUGCUCGAGUUAAGAAAAGCGCGCAAAAUCACUCGCCUUCGGCUCGUGUUUCGCGAGCUUUUCUUAACUCUCGCAACAUUCCCGCGUGUUUGGAUCAGGUCAUUCAAACGCGGAAACCAUAAAGUAAUUGUAUAAUCUUAAUAUGCAUUCUUUACAUAUGCAUUCACAGAGUGAAGACGGGACAUUUGAAUGGGAUCAAGAUACCCAAGGUAUGACAUGAACACCGGUUAAUACCGAAUAGUUUUUAUUUGACAGACAAGGAAAUUUCGUUUAUAAGUGUACGCUUCUUGAAUAAUCAAAUACAAAUUCCAAAUAAAUUUAAACCCUAAAAUCUACAAAUAAGAUUCAGAGGAAAAUCUUUUUCGUGUUACAUAACACGCGCUCAAAACUAAUAGGCCUAAUGAAUAUACUUUUGCACUUAUGACAAAAUUCAAUUUUUUAAUUGUGAUACAAUUCCCGGUAAUCGGCUUGCAAACAAACUUAAUAAAUUCUUUUUAAAAAUACGUUUGCUACUUUUUCUGUAAAAUUAUCGUAACAUGAAGAGAUUUUAGGUGGUACUCCAAAAAGAAAAUAAUGUCUGAAUUCUGUAAGUUUUGCUUAUAUUGUUGUAUAUGGCGUCAAUUUUACAGCAUCAAUGAAGAUUGUAUUUAAAUCUGCAAUAUUUCACUAGUAUUUUAUGUUUCUCGACAGCUACAUACAUUUAAUAAGGUUGCUAACUGUGUAAAAUACAAAAUGAUGUUAAAACAAAGUAAUUUUGACAGGAACUAAAAAUAUUUUAGUAUUUGAACUUUUUCAUUGCAAAUAGGUGACAUUGAAAAAAGUCGAACUGACUCGAACUCCCAAGGGAAGUGAAAAAUUGUUCCAGUUAAACGGGCGUUCGAGUUAAUGGGGUCGCUGUUGGAUUAAUUUUGUGCUUUUCGAAGACAUACCGUCUAUAUUUCUCUUUCGACACACUUUAGAUUAAUUGAUUAAAAUCAUGUUAUAUACAAAAAAAAACUUUUUAAAAAUUAUAACGUUGGCGGUAAAAUAAAUCGAUUUCGCUGUAACACAGCCUCUUAAGUACUCCGCCAUUUUGGUUUUAAAAUAUGUACUUCAUAUAGUUAAAAUAGCGCGUUGAAACUUUGUGUAACCGUCAACUUAGUGCCUUACUCUUCACUCUAUUACUACUCGGAGAAUUCUAAAAUAAUUCCACUCGGUUAUUGAGUUCAUCAAUUCACCUUUCUUUAUCUUGUUCAUCUUCACACUCUCCGAUAUCUGUAUCAACAUCGCAUCAUUGCCAUACCUCCCUGUCACAUUCAUCUGAAAUGUUUGCACCUCACCACCAUGCUUUUCCUUACAAUGUUUCCAUAGAGUAGAUUGUUCCUUUUUCCCUUCAUACAUCUUGACAUGUUCCCCUCCUCUGACAUACGCACUUCUUGACGUUUCGCCCACAUAACAAUGUGAGGGCCCUCUAAUGUGAACAUUGCCCAAAUUUCGAAUGUUUCGAAUUUUUCUGAACAUAAACUUUAUUUCAUAUUCGUUUAGAAGCAUAGCGAACCAAAAUGGUGUUAGAUAUUCAAAUAGUACAUCAUAUUUUAAAAAUACAGCAGUUCAAAAUGUAAAAAAAACCCUUUGUUUACAUUACGGACUUGACUUCCACUUUAAACUUUUUUGAAAUUUUCUUAUUUUUUUUUUAAAUUUCUUAAUGUCUAAAUGUGACUUACGCACGUGACUGCAUACAUUUUUCAUGUAUAUUAUUAAUAAGUAAUACUAUAGUGUGGUUUCUCGUGCAUUUUGAAAAAAAAAAUACACUCGUGAGUUUUUCAAAGACUUCAACUUCGUGCAUGUUUUUUUUCCAAAUUGCUCUCGAAACCAUACUAUUAGGAAUUCGAGUUAAGUGAGUUGGAGUUAACCGUUGUAAAUAUUAAAUGAGUGUAAAGAUUGGGUUAAAUCCAGGGGAAAUCAAUUGGAUUUCGUUCGAGUUAGCGGAGAGUUCGAGUUAAGCGAGUUCGAGGUAACGGGUUUCUACUGGAAUGAAUUAAUUUUGCAAUUGUUUUUGACAGGGAUAAUUCUAGGAUCAUUCUUCUACGGCUAUAUUUUCACUCAACUGCCUGGAGGCUGGAUAGCUUCAAAGUAUGGCGCCAAACGAGUUAUUGGUUUUGGUAUAUUUUGGACGACUGCCUUGACGCUACUAACACCCUUGGCUGCAAGGUUUAGCCUCUAUGCGCUGGUAGCACUUCGAAUUUUGGAAGGGCUGGGUGAGGUAAGUGUCAAGACGAAGUUCGAUUAUUAUACAGUACCUGUGAACCUUUUACCCUGGACCUAACCAGGAGCAUUCAGUUGCGAAAAAUGCAACUAUAGGCCCUCUGGCAGGGAUUGGACCUGCGGCCCUGCGAUUCCGGUGCAGCACUCUAACCAACUGAGCUAUAGAGGCCAGUUGUCGAGCUCCAUGGCUGCAAAUUACUGUCGGACAUCAGACAAUGUCCGACUAAAUUUGGCAAAUGUCCGAGCAAAGUAAUUUUGAUCAGAUAUUGGUCCGAUCACAAAAAAAAUUGUCACAUUAUACAUUUUUUUUGCCGUGACAAAAUCCGAUUGCAAAUUCACUCAAUUUGCAUUUUGCAAUAAAAUUUAUGAGGCGAUCUAGCAUUUAAUUUUACUUAACGUUGCGCCGGAAUGGCAUACAUACUUGUCUCGUGACUUAUAUAUAUAUAUCUUGUGACGUAUAUAUGUCCGACCAAAUUUAGUGAUGGUAGUUUUUGUACGACCAAAUUCAAGUUAUGUCCGACCAAAAUUAAAAGUGAUCGGACAAAUGUCUUGUCAAGUCAAACAUUUAUUUGCAGCCCUGGAGCUCUAACCGCAAAUUCGUCUAUAUACACCAAAUUCAGUUAAGGUUGUAUAAGCGCUUAAAGCACGAUGCAUUCAGUAUAUGUAAUUGAUAGUCCGAACAUUCCGUAGUUACGUGGUGGUUACAGUACGUUCAAAAACCGUUUUGGUAUCGGCAUUACCGUUGAUUUUCACUUUUCUCGGAUUUUAUUUGCUCGUCUAACCCAAUUCAAUAGCAAACCUGACAGAAUUCAUUGGAUUUUUGAAGUUAAACUUUUUAAUGUUAAGAACGUUGGUUUGUGUGAUCUCACAAUAAUAACGCUUUUCGCGCUUAGAAGUCAAAGUUUGGCGGUUUGCUCUGGACAACCUUAAUUGAAUUAGCUGUACACUAAGGUGAUAUGCACACAGACACACAUACAAACGCGAAUGAAAACAUAAUCUCCUGGCGGAGGUAAUACAGUUGUUGUUUUUUCGACCUGUUCUCGUCAUGGGUGUCAGAUUUUGGGAUCCGAGGUAACCGCGUUACCUGCAAGUGACUGAAGCUAACUACCAACCUGUCACUUACCUGUGUCAGAAGGUCUUGUGCACGUUAGUAUGAUAGAAAAUUUCAAUAUUUCCCAGUAUCCUAUUGGAAUCUUUACAGACCAGAUUUGAUAUAGUGUAUUUUUUCUAUAACAUUUUAUUUUCAAACUUUGUGUGGUUAGACUAUUUUCCAGUUCUGUGGCUAAUUUUAUUUAUGAAAUCUGAAGCCGUCAAGCUCUGAGUUGUGUUUCCUUUUGCUGAAAUUAACUUUCUCGUGCCCAAUUGCUCAAAAGGUUCCUCUGGUGACCCAGUCCCCUGUCGCACCUCGCAAGCUACGAGGUUCCAAACCUGCUCAGGCUGCUCGCUUUGUUCGCAGGGCUAAAGCCUGGUUUCCAUAACGUUUCGUAACGGUCGUAAAGAUUGAGUCACGAUCUUUCUCAACAGCUGAAAUACAACAGUUUACAACUGAAAAUAGACAGAGUGGUUAAAAAACAGAGAAUACUUAUGAUUUAUAUGUGAUUUACAGAAAAACUAUUAUAAUCUGGCCGUUGAGAAAGAUCGUGACUCUGUCUUUACGACCGUUACGACCAUAUGGAAACCUGGCUUAACUGGAAAUUAUUUUUGGUAACCGGCAAGAAAAGUAAAUAUACAGGCAAGGUUUUCGCUAUUCGUUUUUUUCCGUAUUCGUUUUUUUUCGAUAUUCGUUUUUUUGUGGCGAAGUGGUCAGUGCACUUGCCUUUCACCUCUAAGGUCGCAGGUUCAAAUCUCAGUGAGAACUUUCUCAUUGCGACUUGAACCCAGUCCUCAUGUGAAAAGAGUAUCAAGUCAACGCUUUGCCGAAAGUCGUGCCGGGUUUUCUCUGGGUAGCGCGGUUACCUCCCACAGGGAAUGUUGACAGGGUGGGUUAGGUAUGUUGUGGUGACCCUGCCCUAGUUGGCAAAGCUAAAUAAAUAAAUAUGAUCUCCUUACCCUAUUCUCUGAUUCAUUUAGGGUGUAACAUUUCCAGCAAUGCACGCGAUGUGGAGUUAUUGGGCACCACCGUUAGAGAGAACGAAAUUAGUUCCUGCCACCUACUCUGGUAAGAUUUACACUACGUUCAAGACUACACCCAAACGAAUUCGGGCAGAAUUUACUUGUGUUCACACUGCGCUGUUACAGUUUGUUUACAAAUUUUAUUAUUAGCAUGACAAAAUUACUGGAUACUGAUUGGUUGAGAGGAGUACAAUUAUUUCAUUAAUUAUUUAUCUUCUGUAAUCAGUGGCAAAUACUGCAAUUUCAUUGGUUGACAGGAGUGCGAUUUGAGCAUUAAUCGCACCUUUUCUGAGCUGUAAUCGCCCUCUUGUCUACAGCCAAUGAAAAUCAGUCUAGUAUUUACAACUAGCCAAUCAGCAUUCAGGAUACAAACUUUGAAUUUUAUUUUCUUUAUUGCUGUAAAAAAUUUCAAAAUGGAGGAAUUCACAAAUUUUGACCUUUUAAUUUUUAAAUCAGCCCUCGAAAACCGUCAAAAUUGAGGUCGGAAAAAAAAUGCCGACCUAAACCUGACCUAGCUCGGUACAUCUCGGCAUUUUUUAAAAUCUGUUUCCAUGUCUUGGAGCACUAGUAGCCUGCACUAGUAAUCACGUAUUUACGAAUCAUUGAAAAGUAUAAAUGUCACGAAGCCUUUUCUUUUAGAGUUUUACCUAAAUUAUAUCAUAAAUAUACCCGUUAAUUCUUAAACCUUACACCAAAGUACAUCGAAUUCUAUAAUCGCUGACUUUUUAACAGCUAUAAGCACCAAAAAAGAUUAUUACUUUGGCUGAAUUAAGGUCGGCAAAACAUUGCCGACAUGGGAGGUUGAUAGGUCGGCAUUUACUGUAGGUCGGCAUUGCCGAAUGCAGAUCUCGUUUUCGAGGGUUGUUAAAUUAUAUAUUUUCUGACGAAAAUGACCUACCUGUUCAUCCAGCAGAAGACACCGAACUAAACACAACCAGGAUUUAUAUUUCCAUCCAAUUUCAGAUGAUUAAUUGAAUUAGAGAACUUCACUAUUUUGAACACGUUAUAAACAUACAAACAUGGCUUCCCAAUUGUGUGUUGAAUAAUUCAAACAAAUGUUGUCAUGUGAUUAUACCGGAAAUAAUGCCCGGAAGUUAAUAAUAUGUUAAUUUGAUUGUAUAUGAUAAACAAUAAUUCAAAAUUGUACUAUUUCACUAAGAAUUGUCGUGACAAAAAUUUAAUAAUUAUAUUGAACUUCAACAAAUUGUAUUUUUCUGCUUUUCCCCCUUAAACAGUUUGAUUACAGAAGAUAAAUAAUUAAUAAGUAAUAGAACAAAUUAAGUCGUACUAUUAAUGCCAUAAUCAUACUCGUGAUUAACAAAUCAACCUCCCGCUACGCGGUCGGUUGAUUUUGUAAUCACUCGUAUGAUUAUGGCAUUAAUAGCACUCCUAUUCGUUCUAUUACCAUCAUUAAUUGUACUGCAGUACAAUUAAAAAUUAAACGAGACUUACCUGGUAAGUUGAAGUUUGAUUGGAAUUCUACAAGUCAUCAGUCAGGACAUUCCUCCGUUCCUGACUGAUGACUUGUAGAAUUCCAAUCAAACUUCAACUUACCAGGUAAGUCUCGUUUAAUUUUUAAUUCUACUACGUCAUCAGUCUACGUCACUACGGAAUUACAUGAGAUUUCAAAGUCCUGUUCACACACACGCCAAUGAGUAGAUCAGUCAAUGGUUUACGAAGUUACUAAACCAUGAUAUCAUCUACUAACAAACGAGCCGACAUGAUCACAUCUGCGCAAGGGCAGAUACAAAAAAGGGAAUCAUUAGAUUGUGAGGUUGGGCUAACCUCUUCUGUCUACAAGAAAUGCUAGUAGUAGUAGACUCCAAAUAAAUAAAUAAAGGUAAAGAUAAUUUCCUCAUGAUUCUUUUUAAAUUCCCUUAAAUUAAAUGCAUUGCCAUCAAGAAGCAAUGAACAAUUGUUGCCAUAAGAUUGCAAACCCGUACCCAGGCUGUUCCCUGGUACCGAUACGACUCACAAUUCUUUACCAUAAGACGGAAUUUUUCUUUGUAUUAAGCAUACAGCCUGCAGUGUAUCUCGAGGCUGUCAUAAAGCCAAAAGUUUCCAAUAUAAGUGCCAUUGGCAUCGAGGAGUUUAUAACUCAAGGACGAAAGAACUUUUAUACUCUUCCUGAAUUGAAAACCUGGUUGCAGUAACUUACACUAAUUUUGAAAUGAAUAUUUUUUCUGAUGUCACACGACAUCUUUGCAAAUUAUAUAUAAGGUCAUUACAGUAUCAUCAGACCGUUAUGCAAUAAACGCUGAACUGACCAUUGAAACCUCAGCGUUGACUAAUAUCACGUAACCAACACAGCAAAUAUCAUGAUUAUUAGAUUACAUUGAUAUCGAAGGAACUAGACUCAGUUCCAUGCUCGAACCAACCUGACCGCGUAGCUCAAUUGGCAGAGCAUUGGGCUAGUAUUCCAAAGGUCGUAGGUUCGAUUCCCACCGUGGCCAGGCAUAUUUUUCAAGCCUGCCCAAUGUCUCACAGUAACAUCACAAGCAUCAUGAAACUGAUAUAAGGAUUAAGGGUUCUAUAUGACACAAAUUAAUGUAUAUAUAGUUAAGUAAAAAUAUGCAUUUGUUCCAUAGCUCCGUCGUUAUUAUAAUUCAGAAGCUGAUGAUAGAAAUAAUUCUGUACAAUGAAAAGGAAGACAAAUGUGCCCAAAUAGGUACUGAUUAGUACAUUAUGAUUCUGAGUGCAUGAUUCAUAUAACAUCAAUGUUCUAUAAGUCUAGCAAUUUCAAAUACAUAUGUCAUAUAUUGUAUAUUAUCACCCCUCUCAAUAUUAUGGUCCCAUGGCCAAUUUGUGUACUGAAGUCUGUUUGUAAUAAUUAAGUGUAGUAUGCCGCUCGCUGCCGAUCGCAUUUGGACAUACAGUCAUACCGUUAAAGGCCAUAAGGCUUCGAAGUGAAGGCGGUGAGCAUAUAGUCAUAACCACAACCAUUUGUAUUUGGAGAGUAUAUUCCUUAAUAUUUCUGUGGCACGAAAUAUGUGUUAAAUACAUUGUAUGUGCACACGAAAUUCGCCAAAAAGGACUGGUUGAUCAGUGUUGUUCUGUGACUGUGUGGGGUAUCAUAGAAACGUUUACAUCCGAAACUUACAAUAGGUGAAGGGAAAAGAUCUUGGGCCGUUACAACAGUAACAACACUAACAUUAUUGUAGAGAUAUUCUGUUGAAACAAUCAGGGGACAUUGUUAUUGGCUUAAAUUGCAUAUUAACGCGAGAAUCAAAGCAACAUUCGAAAAUAAAUUUCGGUCAGUUGCAUGUUUUCCUGAGUCAGGGUGCAUGGUAUAUUGGUCCGCAAAGUUUCUCGCUGUGCCCUUUCUACAUACAUUUACAUGGUAACCACAUGACUGACAAGAAUUGUCCCUUGUAUUGAAUUCCUCUUAUUUUAUUAUAGCCAUAUGCAAUGCCAAUGGGGUUAAAUAGCCAGUAAAUGUAACAUGCAUAUUGCAUUCGAGUGACAGCCGGUUCGUCAGUUUUGAAUUUUGUAACUGUUAUUGUUAUCAGACCAUUUAAAAUUCAUCAUAACCAUUACUCAUUAGCACGUAUACCGACGGUAUAGUCGAGUUUACCAAGACUGAAUAGUAUCGCAUCACAGGCAUUGCUAUUUGGUAAUUGGUCUUUGUACUGUAUUGUCCUUUGAAGGAAUGUCAUUCUAUAAAUGCAAUGUUUGUCCUGCAGUCCAGAACAACAGUGAUUGCAGCAGAUGGACUAUGUCUAUUAUAUAUGACAUAUGUACAAGGUGUUUAGCCUAUGGCUAUGCCAUGUUAAACAGAUAAUGAUUCACAAAAUAGGAUAGUGCAACUUCCCAAUGCCAAUGGUGUGUUGUUAUUGUUAUAUGAAACAUUGUCAUUGAGUACCAGACCGCUCUACUGUUCCAGUCUGGCCUGAUUUGUUUGGCUUGAAGCGGAGAUUGGGUAUAUUUCCAUACAUAAUGACCAGUGAAUAUUCUACACUGCUGUUCUUAAAUUCAAGGCAUAGCAAAUUACUAAUCUUUAUACUUUAAUACAAAUUGCUUUGGCUAUACAAAAAGUCCCCAAGAGGUUAAGAUAAUGAUGUCCAAUUUUGUUCUCAGGGAACAAGAUUAGCCUCCAUGCAGAUUUGCAGACAUUAACCACACCUUCAAUUCUAAUCAGGAAUUGAAAUCUGAUCCCAGUAAUGCUAAUGCAUGGUUAAAUAAGCAGGUACAAACUGUACAAUUCAGUAAAUUUCUCAUUGGCCUGGUCAAGUUGUUUGUUUCAUGGUUCAAAACAUAGCCACUGCCCCACUGGCAUCGAUUAGCAUUUUAGAUUUUCACUGCCAGUAUUCCCACUUGGGAAAAAGAUAAUAACCUACUUCAGUCUAGUGACUAAUCAGGUUACUAUACUGAGAUAGUAAAAAGGGGCUAUAAUUGCUAUAGCAUGCAUGAUGUGUACUAUUCCCACAAACUGUACCAAGCUGUACAGUGACAGCAUUUAUGCCAGAAGUGAGGAGUUGAUAUACCAGCCAAUACCAAAAUUACUGAUAUUAUCAGUAAACUAGGCUGACUAGCUUUAGUCUUGCCGUGGAAGAACAAUUGAAAUGAGCGUUGUACUAUUGUGUUCACAUUCAAAUGAGCAAAUAUUCAUUGUAGGUUGUAGUGCUACAUGUCAUGUGAUAGCCAUCACCCCUGCUGUUGUUGUAUCACAGGAAGUGACCAAUCAAGUUAAAACUGGUCUGCAUUCAGGUCUAGUUUCAACGGUUUUGCUGGCAUUUAGCUAUGCUAUUAUAUUUAUUGUAUCACACAAGAUAAAACUUUAAAAAGUUUCACAGUUGUUAAUUUCUUCAGCGUGGUUCUCGUAACAUGUACUGAUGUACUUCCAUGUUUAAAUCUCGUGCGUAGCACGUGAAUAAAUUACUGGCAAAGCACUGGCAAUUUCCCGCCAAGUAAACAAAGCAAAAUGUUCGCCCAGGAUAAACUCGAGUAGUAUAAAGUAUUAUAAAAGUGCAAAUAAAAUGUCGUUCAAUCUGAACGCUUUGCAGCAAUAAACGACAUUAUAAUAUUAUUGUAGAUUUCAUUAGGUAAAGCACAGUGGGUAAAGACUAAAGUGAUCAUUUAAUGUAUGUGUAUAUACAUGCCAUGGACUAUAAUAUAUCCACACGGCACACGCCACAAUUCACAAAUGACAUUUUUAUGUCGUUGACAUUGGAAAAAUCCAAUCAGUUUCUGCGUUACAGUUGUGUGCAAUAAAAUAAUGGACUAGCUUCCUAGCUGUGUGAAAAAGCAUUAGCUUUUCGGUCCAAUAAGCACUAAUAUUGUCUGCAAUAAUUGUGGACAUACAUGCCAUGAGGCAUGACCUUGACGUGGCGCCCAUGCAGCACAACAAUGGCGUCUCACGGUACUUUCCCAAGUUGCUGAAGCAACAAUGUGGUCGUUGACCAUGUCUACCUUUUGCCUUUACUCGUUAGGCUUUGGACAGGGUAGUUGGCGUCCUGUUUCUUGGUUUUAUAGGCCUUUCCACAGCCAUUGCCUUCUUGCUUCAUUGCCCGUUUAAUUGGCUUUGUAUGGCCGUUGUUGGCCUCGUCAGAUAUUUUGCCCGUUGGGCUUUAUAUGGCCGUUGGCCUCAUAUACCUUAAUAAGGCUUUAGUUUCACUUGCUCAUCUUAGGAGCGGUCUGUAUAGACCAUAGGUAGCUUUUCCCCAUUGUGGGUGUACUGGGUUGCUUGUAUUUGCCGCUCAACUCUGGAGCACAAGCGUGAAUUUUGUUUGUGGCUGCCCGCCAUUGCAUGUCAUCAUUUAUAUAUUUAUUGCCCAUUUGAUUCGUUUUUCCCUAAACGAGAAUAAGAAACAAAACAACAAAAUAGCAAAAUAACAAAACAAUAUACUCCCUGUUUGCCUUGUGCAAAAAUUAUGUUCAACAAACCGAUGAUGAUGAACGAUUCUUUACGAUUUACUCGCAUAAAUUUCUUCACGUUGUUUAUGCCCAGAAAGACGCAAGCACAAAUUGCCUAGAUAGCUCGCGCGCGCUCUCAUGUAAUUCCGUAGUGACGUAGACUGAUGACGUAGUAGAAUUAAUGAUUUUCCCAAAACAAACAAAAUGGCGGAAAGGUAUUUUAAACACAAACGUGAACUGAAAUUGCCCUAGAGGAACUAGAUGAAAAUACGAACAAAAGCACCAUACUUUGCUUGAACAAAAGAACUAAAUGAAAUGCAAACAAAAGCACCAAAUUUUGAUUGAAAGUCUGGCAGGACUGGGCUUUGGCUAGUCUCCUACGCAGCCUGUUCGCGGAUCCGAGGUUUUCUCCCCACUAACAGGCUGCUUACUGCAACAACACAUUCCAUUCCGAUUGUUUAGCCGAUCACAGCCUGAGUACCAAAAUCAGGAACUCGUUCGCGCUUAAAUUUACUAAUUCCGAAACAAAGAUGGCGUCGUAUGAUCAAGCAUUGUGUGAAGUCGCCCAAUAUUUCGUAUUCCUACUUUUAACGAUCAUCAGAAGAAUGCGAUUCGAACAAUAAUUAAAGAAAAAUGAGAUGUGUUUGUCAACCCGCCUACUACAGGCUUUGGUAAAUUGAUCAUAUUUCAAGUUUUGCCUCUCAUGUGAUGUGAUCGCCUGUUCCACGAAUAAUGCCAGAGCGGUAGUUUAUGGAACACCAGAUCUCGAGGCAUUGUUCUUAAAUCAUUGACUAUUUAACUGCCUUAUUUAUGUUUCGGUACCACCAGCUUAAUAAUUUACCAGAUUUCUUUAAAAAUUAUUUUGUAACAAACAGCCAAAUACAGUAGGCCUAUACAUGAACAUAUAAAGUCAACUCGAGAAAUGCUUCAAAACUUCACGAAUGUUAUAAAAGGACAAAUUAUAUUAAUUAUGUGAAACACAUGCACUCUCAAAUAAAGGAGUUUAUGUAUGGAAUUCGUUAGAAACAAAAUUUACUGAAGUAAACUCCUAUAACAUCUUCAAAAAGCAAAUUAAACAACAUUACACUUUUUGCUAUCACACAAUUGACAAUUACCAUAAGACAUGCGAUAAAACAUACUUAUAUAUAUAUAUAUAUAUAUAUAUAUAUAUAUAUAUAUAUAUAUAUAUAUAUAUAUAUAUAUAUAUAUAUAUAUAUAUAUAUAUAUAUAUAUAUAUAUAUAUAUAUAUAUAUAUAUAUAUAUAUAUAUAUAUAUAUAUGUUAGUAUAAAUACUUUAGUUAUAUAUAGCACUUUAGUUUAGUAUAUUGUAGCCCAGUCAUUGUAAAAAUUUAAAUGCAUCGCCAACAUUAGUAUUAAUUUAUAUAAUACCAACAUUGCCCUUCUUUUUCUCUCUUGUAAAUAUAGACAUAGUAUAUAUUCUUCAAAACUUCUCAUUUUACAUAUUGUAUUGACUGACUGUGUUGAAAUAAUUGACUAUGUGAUUUAAUUAUGAUCACAAAUGAACAGUAACUAGAGGCCAAAAUAAAAAGUCUACGAGGAUUUCUAGUAGGUAUCUAGCCCAAAAUCAAAGAUAUAUUUUAAGUAGCUUUUUUAUACAUGGGAAAAAUUAAAUAAAAAUAUAUAAUAUAUACAUUUGUAAACAAUAACUAUUUUGCAAUCGACAAGUUGUCAAUUUCAAAUUACUGCAUUCAAAUUAACACGAAAUCAAAAAUUAUACAUUUGCUACUUAAAACUAGCAACGUUUGACGUGAAUUUUUAAAAGCAAUGACCAAUGUAAUUCGUAAAAAGCUCUUGAACGCAUAAAACCCAAGCACUUUUGAAACGAGUUUGGGUAAUGGUCGAGUGUCGAGGGUCGAGGGUCAUAGGUCGAGGGUCGAGGUUCGGAAGUCGAGGUCGAGGGUCAAAAGUCGAGGUCGAGGGUCAAAAGUCGAGGUCGAGGGUCACACUGAUUAUAGCCUAUAGCCAGUAUAGGUAAUAUGUUAUCUCUUGGACUUGGAGGCGAAAGAGUUCUGAAAUUCUCAGAACUUUGACUUAACGAUACUCUUCAAACCGCGUAUGGUUUUGGAGGUUUAUUAGCGUUAGGGUGUGCGAGAAACAGUUGAUAUUUAUAUUUUUAAACAUCGUGUUUACAUGUCUACACCGGAAGUGCACAUGUUCCAUUGACAGUUUCAUAUUCAUAAUAUAGUUGCGAGAACGUUGUAAUAUAAUAAAAUGGAAACUUUCUUUAGUUGUUCUGUCAAAAAUAACAUGCACGAAGCACGAAUCUUUAUAGCAGGGUGAUUUUAGUUCGGUUCAGAAUUAUCUCACGACCAUUGUGAGAGAUUUUCGCUGCAUUGGGAACCGACUCGUUCUGAUAGUACAAUAUUCAAUAAAUACAAUAUAUUUUCGAAUCACCCCACCGGCACCGUACGUUCUCGAAUAGUUUUAGUAAUUUUACACUUUCUCGAAAAACAAAAAGGAACCUAAUUAUGCCCUAAGGCAUGUUCUGUACUAACAGUAAUAAAGUUAGUUAUCAGGAAAACCUUUAAAACUUUGACAACAAAUGCCAAAAAUGUAGUAUUCUAGAAAUGUUUAAUAAAAAACUAAUAUUUCCCAUUUUCGACCCUCGACUUCUGACCCUCGACCUCGACUUUUGACCCUCGACCUCGAUUUUUGACCCUCGACCUCGACUUUCGAACCUCGACCUAUGACCCUCGACCCUCGACCUAUAACCCUCGACCCUCGACCUAUGACCCUCGACACUCGAUAACAUACGUUUUUGCAAACAAAUAAAUCGUUACGAAUAUUGUUCACAUCAACAUUUUAUACUGAUACCUUGAUCAGAUCAGCUAUAUCAAGGGUACUACUUCUCCCCAAAACAAAUAAUCUAUCAUUAUUUGUCCUGUUUUCGUAACAAAGGAAACACUUUCCGCCACUACUUCAGUCACUUUCUUUCAGGGUUUAUUUUAAGAAAAAUUUAGAACUGCACACAUAGGGAUGUUACGAAGGCAAUGAGUGUGUGACUGGGGUCGAAGGAUUUUUUACCUGCAUAUAGCUGACAGAAUAAUGGUGUGGUUGGAUGGGAAACUUGGAGAAAGGCCAGGCAAACACGAUUUUGGGUGCAGGAGCUAGGGGUGUUCCCCAAUUGAAUCUAGAGCUGUUAAGUUCUGGCUAAGAUUUGUUUUACCCAACCACUCACAAAAACUCUUUCAAAACAUGUAACUGGGAAUCAUGGAUAUUCAAUAUAUGACAACCGUAAAUUUGCAUUUGAGGCAGCAAAGAAUAUUAGGUUCUCCCACUCUAAUCUCUUUUGGGGAGCAUCGCUCGCCCCAAUUUUACCUUCUUUUCUAUUACCCCAGCAUGUAAGUGUUUUGUGAGGAAAAUAGGAGGGUCUGGAGUCCUCCCCCAGAAAUCGUUUAUAUUUUUGAUGCUCAAUUAAUGACAGAAUUUCUGGAAUUUUCUGGAGCAUCCACAAGGGUAACGAGUGAAUGAGAAGACUGUUUUAAUUAAGGCUAUUUUUGUUAGUUUGGUGACUGCACAUUUGUGUUUUAAGAACUGCACAAAUGGGUUUAGAACUGCACAUUUUGUGUAGAACUGCACGUUAAAAUAAACCCUGCUUUCUUUGGAGUAUACAGAAUAUAAACAAGUUGAUUAUUUCAAACAUGCAUGUAAUAUUUUAACAGCAGUAAACACUGAGAUAUAUUUACCACUGAACAAUUAUUAAAAAUUAGUCACUACUGAAUUUGGCGGGAAACCUACGUCAUGCCGUUUCCUGAUUGGUCAAGUUGAAACAAUCGGAAUGGAAUGUGUUGUUGCAGUAGGCAGCCUGGAGUAAUCAUGCAAUGUUACUCGUACAAUUAGGGAUUAAUAAUACUCGUGAUGUUUGGAAAUUUGCCAAAUUGGACUCACCCCGGCGGCUCGUCCAAUUUUGGCAAAAUUUCCAAACAUCGCUCGUACUAUUAAUCCCUAAUUGUACUCGCCAUCGCAUGAUUACCUAUACUAAUUAACACUCAUGUAAACCCAAAAUAUUCAGAUAGAGCAAAGAAAUUUAAGCGAAAAGCAUUUGAAUUUACUGUUUCGAGAAUUUGAGUUGCUUGGUUUGCAAGCGGUACAAAAAAUAAUUUCACACGUAACGGCCUGCAAGCUAAGCACUCCUUUUUCAUCUCGCUCCGUUUAGAAACCGUACUCAAAUUGUUGCGGCAAAAGUGACGUUUUCAAACAAUUUCGCUCCGGCGAAGUAAGAAUGUGACGGCUAAUUAGCCAUUUCCCAAUCGAGCAGAGGACUGGGUCUAGUCGCUUGUUUGGAGGGACAAAAAAUAAACAAUAUGCUGAAUAUGGCAUGUAAGAAGUUUUCCUACAUUCCUAAAGUUAUUUGUGCAACCUGAAACGCAACAAUUAUAAUAAGACAUCCUUUAUUAUAUAUUUAGCUCGCUUACUAUACUUGUUGUCCCUCCAAACAUCAACUAAACCCAGACCUCUACUCGAUUUUGAAUUGGCUGAAGAAAGUCCGUACGCUAGCAACAAAUAAUCUAAUUGUGACUUUUCUGCGCCGUUUGUUAACCGCCCCGGCGUUGUGUGAACGUAGUCUUAAAGCGGCAGUCAAGUCCGUUUUGUGCAUGUAUCGACUUGGGCGUGGUUUUUACAUAGUUUUUGAAAUAUAUUGAAAUAAUCUUAAAAUAUAACUACAUGCAGAAAAAGUAUUUAUCUCUCUUCACGGGAGGAAGGUACUUUCGAGUUGGGAUCGAGUUCGAGUUUGAUUUCGAGUUAAUUUAAUUGUAUCGGGAUUUGCGAUCUUUCCCAGUAGUUUUCGAGCUGCUCCGAUUGUUGCGUUUUCUUCAAACACGAGCUUUAGAGGUGUGUCGACUUAACACUUGCCCGCUUGCCCGAGGCAAGUGAAUAUCAUGACGGGCAAGUAAACAUUCCAAACGCGAUGUUUCGUGAUUUUUCCCUCUCUUCACAAACAAUCCAUACUGUAUUGUACAAUACUCAGUGAAUUCACAUUGAAUACCUAACAUGACCUCGGACAUUCUAAUUAACUAUUGGCGUAGUUACUAGCCGUGAAAUCAUGUAAAUAACGUAGCAUUUUAGACAACAACGGCAUACUAAAAUGCUCAAGAGAAAACAAUUUGUUUUACUCGCUUUUCGUAUAUUUUCCGAACGUGAAGUAUUUAAAGUAGUUGUCAAGGUAACACUCUAAUUUUAUUAAGAAUAUUUUUAUAAUUGAAAAAUCCUCAGAAAAGAUCACUUUUAAUACAAAAUUAUAUCAGUUUCCCCAAAAAUAUAUAUGUUAGGUAUGUUAUUAUCAUAGAUAUCUUAAUAUAUACACUAGAUAGUGCAUCUAAUUAUUCUGCAAUUCAAAAAUUGAAGCCGUGAUUGCAGUCUCAGGUCGUUCCCAUGAAAUGAGAGAAGAUUCGUAUAUUUCCUAUUUCUUAAACAGGGAACUUAAAUAUUAAGUUAACCCUAUUCCAAAUACAUUUUUAAAGUAUUCAAAUGAUGAAAGUUAUUGUUGUUUUUAAGUAUUUAUUAGCGAGUGGGAACGACCAACAUGGUCGCCACCAUCUAUUCAAAUGGUAACCGCUGGAAUAUUCUUGGCUUUAGUUUUACUAAAAGAGAUGCGCUAUCUAGUGUAUAUAAGAUAUCUAUGGUUAUUAUACGUAAAAUAGGCUUCUAUUUCGCUGUCGUUAUAAUGCAAAUUUUAAAUUAGACAAAUUAGUGUUCGCUAUUCAUGGCAGUCUAUAUUUUGAGAUCGGUGAGGAUGACCACCCACGCAAGAUAUUAUUGAUGAACUUAAUUUAGACUUCGCUAACGCUUUCCUUUCCCCGGUGGUAAAUACCCGGGCGAAAUUAGUACCCCGGGGGCCCCGGGCUUACGCCCCGCGCGCCCUUGGUUCGGGGAAAAUACAUAUUAUAAUAAAUUAUAUUAUUUUCUCUCAUUUCUCUCAUAUAGGAAGUCAAAUUGGGACAAUUAUAGCAUACCCUCUAUCUGGAUGGCUUUGCGCAAAUGGCUUUGCUGGUGGAUGGCCGUCCGUAUUUUAUGUAUUCGGUAAGUUUGUACCAUUGAACUAUAAGUAAGCUGGAACGAUAAGUUGGCCGCCAUCUUUGAAGCCGGUUAUGAGUGUUUUCUGCAGGUAGCC